GACAAGUUUGCGUUUACGACGACAAAUUUUUAUCCAAGUAAAAGUUAAUUUUAUCGCUUCACACACGGACGCGUUCACCAAUAGAAGAAUCCAUAUUCGGUCAUUCAGGUUUCUCGUUCGCUUCUAGCAGUAAAUGAUCAAUAUCAAUAAAAACAGAGAAGUACUGCUACCGCAGUGAAAAAAUAUCUUGGGGCGUGUUGCCGUUCAUCAUUUACAACUGGAAACUAGUGGAUUUCUCGCUCUCUUCCCAACGAAAAAAUGUCGACGCCAUCAGCAUCACAGCCUGAACCGCAGGAAGCCCUGCCGUCCCCGCCUGCUACCGUGAGCCUCCGCGUGCGAAAUUUCACCGGUGCGGAGCAUGUUGUCACACUGGACCCUACAAAGACCAAAACCGUCCACGAUCUAUCCGCAAUAUCAGGAACGAUCUUAGCCCCCUUCUUCGGCCCCGACGGUCCGCUCUUUCCGCCGGCUUCGCUAUUGCGGUGGCUUAUGGUGGAAGACGCUGAGGACGCGGAGUCGUGUGGCGUGGGCGAAGACGAGGAUGCGGAGGGGGAAAUUGAAGAAGACUGCAGCAUGCUGUCGGAGCACGAGGAUGCCGUCAGCGUUUUCGGGCCGGCGAGUGACGGAACGGGCGAGGAAGAGGCACUCCCAGGGCAAGCUAGUGGCGACGGUGGGACAAAGGACAACGAGCAUUCAUCUUCCUCCGCUGCAGACGCGUUUUUAUCUCCGGACACCGCACUGAAUUUCGAAAAUAGUCACAUCGUGUACCAAUUUGUCAUCGUGAGUAGCGGGCUCACGCUCGAGGAGGAUGGCGAUGGGUCGAGGGAGUGGAUCGAUUGGAGGAAGCGAGUGCGGCAGCUGAUCAAGGACCUGAACACCGUCGAGAAGGCGCGCACUUUCAUCUACGACCGCGUCUACCUGCAGGAUCCGGAAAAAGAGAGGAGGUCGGCGCUUGGGGGGAACUGCUUUCCUUGUCUCCUGGGCGGUUGCUACCUAGUUACCAGUGGGUUCACAGAUCUGUGCCGCGCAAUCGUGGAACUUCCUCCUUCGGAGUGGAAGAAACACGAAGAGCAGAGCGGCGGACAACUUUUUCCGGUGUCCCAGAGACAGAGUUUUUGCUUGGAAGUAGCGCUGGGGGUUUUGGAGUGGGACCGCCUUGAUGAAGCUGAAGGCCGCUGCUUCGAACUGGCAAAGCAGGCUCUCCAGCUGGAAGCGGAGGAAAUAAUCCCUGCUGUCGUUGCGGACUUCCUUGGCAAGUAUAUUCUCGCUUUCAAGUAGGUGCUCCCUGAUCAAAUACAGUAUCUAUUAGUUGAUGGAUAGCGAAAUUGAUUUGGUGUUAUGCAUCAAUCUCUUGCUGGUGAAGUACAUUGCUACAUACGAAAACUCAAACUCUCCACAGGUGCUUCAAAAUCGGAUCCUCGUCUUGGCUUGCGCCGAAGUACCGGGAAUGUAUGCAAGUUCUGCUGGGCUGCGUCGCGCGGAAAGACGGACUGGCGCAGCUUUUCGAAGAAUUGGAAAAGCGCCACUUUUUUCAGAAUUUUUUCUGGGAAAAGUCGGCCUGGAUUUUAAGCAGCACAGGGAAGAAAGGAAAAGGAAAAAUAGAGGACGUGGCAGAGUGUUCACACUGCCACAAGGGUCGCAAUGCGGUACUCAUAGGCGAGGUAUUGCCUUUCAGCGAGCGGUGGAGCGCAUUGCGACUUUUCGCCGACGAAAACAUUGGUUUGCUCCGCAAGUACUUCUCGUGUUUGGAAGAGGUGAUAAAGAGCUUGGAAAAUAAGACUAUGGCAGGGACUACAACGGACCGCUCGCUAACUGCAACUAGCCGCACUUGCUCGAAACUCGCUGGCCUGACUGUGGACGAGGCGAUCUCUCUGUUUCUGAGCAACUAUCCGCAUACCUCCGCUCCUUGUCAGCAGCGGGGCAACCCCAGCGAAGGUGGCAGCAGCGGAGAAGGCACCGGCCCCGAAACCUUAGUGCAAGGUUACGCGCACGCCUACGAGUUGUACGGAAAAUGCGAAAUCUCGGAAACGGCCGACAUGGAGAUAUUCCUCUCACGCGGCGAGCCUCCUGGAUUCGGCGAGUUGAUGAACUGCAAAGAUUAUGACCGAGUAACUUACGUUGAACUUGAACCCCGGGAAACGUACGGAAGGAAUAUCUACACUUUCCACAGUAGCAAAGGCAAAAAAUUACAUUCGGUUUCGGUGUGCGGCGAGACAUUCGCAAAGAUGUACCAUUCUUACCGCGAUCGCAAAGGCAAAGGCAAAGCCAAAGAUUCCGACUCCGGCGCCGCGAUCUUCGCGAAAGGUGGAUUGAAUGAGUACAAAUACGACAAUAAAGGUGAAAACAAUUUGAAUGAAGGCGAUAUCUUCUUCGGAGCCAAGGAGAAGGUCAUUAUAUGGUGCCACGCGUGCUGUGUUUGCACCGAACACGAUGGAUUCGGCAAAGGAACAAAAGGCAAACACUAAGAAGCAGAUAAGUAGCCGGUCUCUAAAGAUUCCACGCGCAAUGAGAAAAAGUGACGACUGACGAGUAGUGCGCUUUUGAGUCACGACACCUAUGAACGUAAAUCUCAUUGAUGUACUGGAUUCCCAUUCCACUUAUUUUUUUUUCGAGGUACCGAGAUUAACCAUUACCAU